AAGUACAAGUAACCACAUGGUGUUUGUUUUGAUUUUUUCUGCUUCAGACAGAAAUCCUUUUUCACCAAUUUUCUCAUAGAAAAUCAAAGUUUUUCAUCCGGAAAGUGUGUGGAAGAGACAAUUAAGAUGCCGAAGGAGCAAUUUCGAGAAGCGGAUGUCAUCAAAAAGAUAUCCAAAGUUAAAUUCGGGAUGAAUAGUGCUGAUAUGAUUCAGCAGGAUUCCCACAUUCAGGUUGUAUCGAAGAAUCUCUACAAUCAGGAGCAGGGACGUGUGCCGGUUGCCUAUGGAGUUCUCGAUAGAAGAAUGGGAAUCAGCCAGAAGGAUGCAACGUGUGAGACUUGCAAUCAGGGACUUAAUGAAUGCAUUGGACACUUUGGUUACCUCAAUUUGGCUCUUCCUGUCUUCCACGUUGGGCAUUUCCGUUCCACAAUCACCAUCCUUCAGUCAAUUUGCAAGACUUGCAGCCGAGUUAUGCUGAAGGAGGAGGACAAACGUGCCUACAGAAAACGUCUCCUCAAUCCAGAUCUCUCCUAUUUGGCAAAGAAAUCCAUCCAUUCGCAAAUCCUAACAAAGGCAAAAAAGUGCACGAAGUGCAAGUACUGCGGAGCCCUCAAUGGACCCGUUAAAAAGGGUCCGGGGCUCAUGAAAAUCGUCCACGACACAUUUCGCGGGAAGAAGCCUUCGGAUCCGUUGGUGACCAACAUUUUGGAUGAAAUGCUUCAAUCAACGGAGAAUAACAGAGAUCUGGCGCAGUACAUGGGAAUGUCUUCCUUGAUUCACGAACUCAAUCCCCUUCAAGUGCUUGAUCUCUUCAAAAACAUUCCGAAGAGCGACAUUCCUCUUUUGGGGAUGACUUCACCGGAUGCUAGUCCCACCAAUUUGAUCGUGACACGCCUUCAUGUGCCUCCUGUUUGCAUUCGUCCAUCUGUUGUAUCGGAAAUCAAGGCUGGAACGACAGAGGAUGAUAUAACGAUGAAACAGAGUGAAAUUCUCCUGAUAAACGAUGUAAUUGCCAAGCAUACGUCCACAGGUGGGAAGGUGGAGUUGAUUCAGGAAGAUUGGGACUUCCUGCAGUUGCACGUGGCGCUGUACUUUAACAGCGAAGUCUCCGGCGUUCCCUUGACGAUGAUCCCAAAGAAGCAAACACGGGGCAUUGUGCAGCGUCUCAAGGGGAAACAGGGGAGAUUCCGGGGAAAUCUUUCCGGGAAGCGUGUAGAUUUCUCCGCGAGAACUGUAAUUUCUCCCGAUCCGAACUUGCUGAUUCACCAAGUGGGCGUUCCGGAGCGCGUGGCAAAGAUUCUCACGUACCCGGAGCGUGUACAUCCCCGGAAUAUUGAUAAGAUGAAGCAGCUCGUGCAGAAUGGGACAGAUAAGCAUCCAGGAGCGAAUUAUGUGCAGCAAAAGGGGAGUGCCUUCAAGAAGUACCUUGCCUAUGGGAAUCGUGAUAAGAUUGCUCAUGAUCUCCGCUGUGGGGACAUUGUGGAGCGUCAUCUUGUGGAUGGGGACAUUGUGCUGUUCAAUAGGCAGCCAUCGCUGCACAAAUUGAGCAUUAUGUGUCAUCAGGCUAAGGUACAGCCACAGCGGACGUUCAGAUUCAAUGAGUGCGCCUGUACACCGUACAAUGCUGACUUUGACGGAGACGAGAUGAAUUUGCAUUUGCCACAGACUGAAGAGGCCCGGGCUGAAGCUUGGAUCCUUAUGGGAAACAAAUCAAAUCUCGUCACACCGAAAAAUGGAGAACUUCUCAUUGCUGCCACGCAGGACUUCAUCACUGGUGGCUACGUUCUGACGCAGAAGGAGGAAUUCCUGACCAAGGAGCGGGCAAUGCAACUUGCCGCGUGUCUCAUUGCUGGACCAGAUGCCAACAUGACGGUGGAUCUGCCACCACCAGCUAUCCUCAAGCCACGCGUUAUGUGGACAGGAAAGCAAAUCUUCAGCCUAAUCAUGAAGCCAAAUCGCAAUUCCCGGACAUUGAUUAAUCUCGAAGCAAAAGGGAAGAACUACACAACAAACAAAGAUCUCUGCUGCAAGGAUUCAUAUGUUGUCAUCAGGAAUUCUGAGCUAAUGUGUGGUGUCAUGGAUAAGAGUAGUAUGGGAUCAGGAACGAAAAAGUGCAUCUUCUAUGUCCUGCUGCGUGAUUAUGGAGAAGAAGAGGCCACAAGAGCAAUGUGGAGGCUCUCCAAGAUGACUUCCUACAUGAUCAUGAAUCGUGGCUUCUCCUUUGGCAUUGGGGACGUUACACCAAGUCGAAUUCUCCUUGGGGAGAAGCAGAAACUCCUGGACAAUGGCUACUCAAAGUGCAGUGAUUACAUUUCAAAGAUGAAGAAUGGCACACUUCAGUGUCAGCCGGGAUGUACGCUGGAGGAGACCCUGGAAGCUGUGAUGCUGCGUGAAUUGUCGAGUAUUCGUGAAUUAGCCGCCAAGGCGUGCUUCAAUGAACUUCACCGCACCAAUAGUGCCCUCGUGAUGGCGCAGUGUGGCUCAAAGGGGUCAAACAUUAACAUUUCCCAGAUGAUUGCUUGUGUGGGGCAACAGGCUAUAAAUGGGAAGAGAGUCCCCAAUGGGUAUGAAGAUAGGAGUUUGCCGCACUUUGAGAAAUUCUCCAAAAUUCCCGCAGCGCGUGGUUUUGUGCAGAAUAGCUUCUUCUCGGGGCUCACCCCGACGGAAUUCUUCUUCCACACAAUGGCCGGACGUGAGGGUCUUGUGGAUACGGCGGUGAAGACAGCUGAGACGGGGUAUCUCCAAAGGCGUCUUGUUAAAUGCCUCGAAGAUCUCGUUGUUCACUACGAUGGUACCGUGAGGAAUGCCAUUGGGGAGGUGGUUGAGUUUACCUACGGCGGAGAUGGCCUCGAUCCUGUUUUUAUGGAAGUUCAGAGUAAACCCGUUGAUCUUGAGAGGCAAUUCAUGCACGUCCGUGCCCUCGAUGGGCAUCGCGAUGAAGAGCCCCUCCAGGGGGAUGAUAUUAUGCCCACAGCCACGGAAAUUCUCAGCCUGGACAAGUACAUCAAUUCCCGGAAGGAUUUUAAAAGGGAUUGCAUAGACUUCCUCGACAACAUCAGGAUGCGCCUGUGUGGCAUUGAGAAUAGGUACAGCAAUAGUGGCCCAAGUAGUGAGAUUUGCCGGACAACAAAGAGCCACCUUGAGGAUUUCCUGGAAACAGUUGAGAAGAAAUACAAUCGAGCUGUUACGGAGCCCGGAACAGCUGUGGGGGCUCUUGCAGCACAAAGUAUCGGUGAACCCGGUACUCAGAUGACUCUCAAGACUUUCCACUUUGCCGGUGUGGCCUCCAUGAACAUUACUCAGGGAGUCCCGCGUAUUGUUGAGAUUAUCAAUGCUUCCAAGACAAUUUCAACGCCAAUAAUCACAGCUGAAUUGGAAGAUAAUACAAAUAUGGAGUUUGCAAGGAAGGUCAAGGGGAGAAUUGAGAAGACAACACUUGGAGAGAUUUCUUCCUACAUUGAGGAAGUCUACAAGCCAUCGGAUUGCUUCCUCCUCAUAAAGCUCGACACUGACAGGAUUCGAGUUUUGGGCUUGGAAAUUGAUGCAGAAACAAUAAGAUUUGCGCUUAGAGGUUCAAAAUUGCGACUGAAACCCAAUAAUAUUGAAGUUCUGGGCUCAUCUUUGCUCAUCAUCCGUCCGGAUUCCAGCAAGAAUGCUUCCCUGAAUGCCGAACUGCAGCGUCUAAGUGGUCUCAUCCCGAAUAUCGUUGUGGGUGGUUUGUCGAACAUUUCACGUGCUGUGAUUGCAAUCAAUGAUGCCUGCCAGCCGGCAACGUACCAAUUGUGCGUCGAAGGAUCUGGCCUGAGGGAUGUUAUGGCCACUUACGGGGUGCGUGGGAAUCACACGAAGAGCAACAAUAUUUGGGAAGUAUUCAGUACGUUGGGAAUUGAGGCUGCCCGGACGACAAUUAUGACGGAAAUUGCGAGCGUUAUGAGUGGGCAUGGGAUGAGUGUGGAUAGUCGGCAUAUUAUGCUGUUGGCUAGUCAAAUGACAAGCCGCGGUGAGGUGCUGGGCAUAACCAGGCAUGGUUUGGCUAAAAUGCGUGAAUCUGUCUUCAAUUUGGCAUCGUUUGAGAAGACAGCUGAUCAUCUCUUUGAUGCCGCCUACUAUGGUCAAGUGGAUUCAAUUGAUGGGGUCUCUGAGAGAAUAAUCUUGGGAAUGCCAGCUGGAAUUGGGACGGGAGUCUUCAAACUCCUCCAUCGGAAUGAAAACUACACGCUGGAUGAACCGACAGAGCCUAUAUUUUAUCUUAAAUAA